AUGUCUGCUCAGCUGCCUCUGCUCGAUAUCUGGGAGGCGUCCUCCGCCCAGCCCUUCUAUCCCACCGUCUCCAAGGACGCCCAGUUCACCGUCGGCUUCGCGUUGCUCCUGGCUGCAUUCAUCCUCACCGGCGUCUUUGGCCUCACUCGGUCCAUCGUCACGCUACCUGCCCUCGGCGUCCCUGCGUCGUUUGCCUUUGGCUUCGGUGCCGUAUACAUGAUCUGCGCGGUCGGUGUCUACGUAUAA